AUCCCGCCCCUGCUCGGUCACCAGAGCCCCACUGGGAUGCACCGCCGAUGCGGUAGGGGUUGGAAUAUAGCCCGUCCGGCCUUUAUAUAAACUCGCUUAAGAACCCAGCCAAAAUAUGUUUUGAUCCUAAAAGGCUGCACCAGGAUUUGGAGUAUUAGGUCCGAAUUACCGGGAGGUCCUAAAAGUAUGCAGCACCAGCGCUGCAAUUUACCAAGCCUUGAACCGCCCUCUGGUGUCAAAGCCUGGCACUCUCUUGAGGAGCGGCUGGGUGGCCACCAGAUGGUACAAUGCAACCCUGCGUAAGCUGGGCAGCCAGCUGUUGUGAAUGCAACUGUGCGACUGCCUAUAGCGCGUGGGCGGAGCAACAGCUGGCCUGCUUGACCAGCGCUAGUACGUCUCAGUAGGGAUCAAAGUUCAGGGGUCAAAGUCCAGACGCCGGACCACCAAACCACAAAGAUGGGGCAGGAGUGGCACCCGACCAGGCUUGUGUCACAGACAGGGGGCCUGAAUAUGGCACCACCGAAGCCGCCUGGAAGGGCAUACUCACCGAAUCCGAACGCGUUUCGGAUGUGCACAUGAAAAUCAAAGACAAUCUAUGUAACGAUGUUAGCGGCCAAAUAAAAACCUGGCAAAAGGAUAAUUACCAUCACACGCUUAUGCAGAUCAAGGAGCGCAAAGAUCUAGAGGAUUUGUUUAAGAAGGCGCAAAAACCGUGGGCCAAGCUGCUGGCCAAGGUGGAGAAGGCAAAAUCAGACUAUCACUCAGCAUGCAAAACGGAACGCAGCGCGACCAAUCAAGAGCGGAAUGCCACGGCUGACAGUUCACUGUCACCGGAUCAGGUGAAGAAAAUGCACGACCGAGUGCAAAAGACCAAAGAUCAAGUGCAAAAAUGUCGUGAGAAAUACGAACAAGCCAUUGCCGAAAUAACCAAAUAUAAUUCGGUUUAUAUAGAGGACAUGACUUCCGUGUUUGAAAAGUGCCAAACCAUGGAGAAGACGCGACUACAAUUCUUUAAGGAAAUAUUAUUUAACGUGCACGCGUGUUUGGAUCCGACCAAAGUGCAAAACAUACCGCAAAUCUAUGAAGAGUUUUAUCAUACAAUUAACAAUGCAGAUCAGCAAAAGGAUCUUAAAUGGUGGUCGAAUAAUCACGGUAUUAAUAUGGCUAUGAAUUGGCCAGCAUUUGUGGAAUACACGGAGGAGUUCCGUGACAUAGCCAAGGGCAACAAAUCAAAAGAGGCGCUACCGGCCGCACCCAUAACGCUCAUAAAUCAGCGUCCCGUUGCGGAGGAUGUACACGAAUAUUCAACAACAAAUAGUCUAAAGAAGAAUGCCAGCGCCAGCAGCAAAACGAGCGGCAAGAGCACAGCCCAGGAACAAGCAAUAACGCAAACUUCUGCCACAACAGUUGAAUCGAAAUCAUCGACGACAGCAGCGGCGGCGACCACAGCGGCGACGGCGGCAUCAGCAGCAGCGGCGCCAUCGAAUCGUAAUUCGAGCGUAACCAAUGGCAAUGGCAAAGCCGAUUCAAAUCCAUUCGACGAGGAGGAGGAAUGGGAUGAGGCCGACAAUGUUCUGACCGACAACGGUGAGCCGGGCGUGCCAGUAAAGGCAUUGUACGACUACGAAGGCGCUGAAAGCGACGAACUCACAUUCAAACAAGGUGAUGUCUUUGAGAAACUCGAAGAUGAGGAUGAGCAAGGCUGGUGCAAGGGUCGCAUGAAUGGGCGAGUUGGGCUGUAUCCAGCAAAUUACGUUGAAAUAUUCCAUUCAUAAGCAAUCGAGGUGGGCGGGUAGUAGAUGAGGUCGUUAAUAAGAUAAUGUCAAAUACAGACGCAUGCAUAUGUACAUAUGUACCUGUAUGUAUGUAUGUAUGUGUGUGUGUGUGUGUGUGCAUGUAGAGAAUAGAGACGCGCAAAACGCAGCGCAGCAACAAGUCGUUAAUGAAA